GACACUGCGGUUGAGUGUUUGGGAGCGCCAGGGAGGCUGACCGUGCCGCUGGAUUCCACCAGGUGAACCAAAAGUGAUAAAACCUAUCCACUUAUUAUAAGGCGCAGAAUAUUAGAUAUUCCCCCUGAUAUUUAUGUUAAGUGUUUGGUCCAUUUUCCUCUGUAAGCCACACCCUUUUCCUAGGUCUCUUACUCCCCUAGCCGCACGUGCUGUAGGCCCCUAGCAGAAACUCUUGUGAAAAACAGCAGGCUUAAUUUUUUUUUUAUUCUCUACCUAACACUUCUAGCGUUCUUAUUCAUUCCAUUUCAUUGCAGACCAAUUUAUUUGGUGUUUUGUUUUCACGGUGCUCUUUCCUAUCUUCACCUUUUUGCAUGCUGUUGUGAUUCUGUUUCUUGCAGUUCACCGAGAGACCCCAAGGAGAGCUAAGUAGUAGAGCGACAACCGAGCAGCCGGUGUCACCAGGUGACCCACGAGGCUAUCCCCUGUCAAGUCUCUAUUUUGGGCCGACCCUAAUUGGACCCGCCUCCCUGUCUAACUGUCUGCAUCAGUUAGCCAAAAUUCUUAGAGACGGCAUAGCCGUACGAUAGCUCGUUAACCAGAGAACGAACUUGCAUUGGCCUCUUUGUGUGUGUGUUGUGCUUCUCUUGUCCGCAGUGAGCCAAGAUGUCGCGUGCAUCCAGUCCCGCAGUCCCUUGGGAUCAGCUAGCGACAUGGCUGGAGACGAUGACGACCUCCUUCCUGCCAAAGGACACCAGUGACCUGCAGCACUUGAGCCAGGGACAACUGGAUACUGAGAUGGACCAGCUGAUGGCGAACGAUCCGACGCAGAGUUACACCCACAAAGAACUUGCCAGGAUCACAGGGACCCUAGCUCACCUCCUCAUCGCCCAGGCAAGGAUCAGCGAAAGGAGCAACCACGACUUGGAGCAGGAAGCCGCGGCUCUGAGACUUCGAGUGGAGGAAGCCCUACAGCAUCAGGCCCACACCCAGAGUCGUCUAGAUAAGCUACUUCUCGAGACCCAAGACCAGCACGAGAAAGAGAACGCUACAGAUCCAGAACUACAGAAAGAAGUGGAAAGACUUCAAAAUGCCCUGGAGAAUCUUCGUCUGGACACAGACCAAAGAGAACAUUUGGAGAGAGAAACCCGAGAGAGACUCGAGGCAAAGCUCCGACAAGGUGACGCUCUCCUUGAAAGGGCUGAAAUCGAACUGAAAGAAAGAGAUGCUAAAGUGAAGGCCUAUGAAAAUCACCUGGAAAUGGCCCGAGCUGAAAUCCACGACCUUACACAGCGUAAAGACUCUCUAAUAGAUGAACUUGACAUGGUUCACAGAGAACUGAAACAUUCUUAUAGCCUGCAACGUGAACAGAAAGAGGAAACACACUCCACAGAGUUUCCCCUGGCCAGUGAACCCCAGCGUGUCAGCCAAGAACUUCGAGCUGGAAAAGGGGGUGAAAGCCUGCUUUUCAAAAUGUCACCAGCCAGCCUCCACGAACCCCUGUCAGCAGUGGGGGAAGGAAAACCCUUCCAGAAAGUCCGGGUCACCAGCCACGGACACAUAACUCCAAAAGAACUGGACAAGCUGGCUAGAAACAUCCCUACGUUCAACCCAGAUCCUGCAGGAGGCCACGACAUUCACGCUUAUUUACAAGAUAUAGACUUUCACUUGCAAACUGUCACCAACGUAACCACUUGGGACAAAUUGUACCUGCUCAGAAUUACGUCCAGUCGUGAGGUACGCAGUUUCUUAGACCGUCAACCAGAGACUGUCAAAAUGGACUACCAGCAACUGCGAAAAGCUUUGGUGCGUGAAUUCUCUGAUCCAGAAUCAGACCAAGGGCUAGUAACCGCAAUGGACCUCAAGCAAGGUCGACUUGAAACCCCACCAAAUUUCUACAACCGACUGCGACGUGCCUACUUCGGAGCAAGGAAUGAACCAGGCAUGGAGGAAGACGUCAACUUCCGAACUUUGUUUCUGCGAAACCUCCAUCCUACUGUCAGCCACCAUUUGGGAGUGUUAGCGUGCCCGCGUAGCAUGUCAACGCAACAGUUACGUGAUUUAGCACAUAAGGCCUACACCAAACAAAAGACUGUGUCAGAAAAGACUGUAAAACACCCAACUAUUUGCUCUGUCUCUGAGUCCCAUUCAGAGUUGACCCUAGAGGGCGCCCAACAGCACCCCAGUUAUACACCCAUCAACCGAGAGUCAAGACCGUUCCAAGCCAGCAGAGGGCAGCGCGGUCGCGGUGGUGGUGCCCGUCCGAAGCACCAGAACGACCGCUCUGGAAUAUCCUGGGACCGGCCUCGCCCCUCCCAUAACCAAAAGGGGGGGGGCACCUGGGAAGCCGGCCGGCGACCCAGAACUAGCCAACCUCCAGCCUCCAGAACACCAAGCCCAGGGAGGCGGGAGGGGGAACACUCUCGACGUGAUACUUGGAAACUCAAGGCUGAGCCCACAUCUAAAAAGGAAAGUGCAGCCACAUCCGAAGCUGCAGAACUUCUGAGAAUACUGAGAGAGUUCCUUCAACAGAAACCUCACAAGGAGGACAAGAAGGAUAAACCAGACACCGCAUGACUAAACCUUAUGCCUGAAACCAGCACCACUCCCAACGUCUCCACAACUGAACCAAGCACACAGAACACUGUUUGUCAACCACGAACUAUUGAACUAGCUGUUGCCUCAUCAAACAAUAGCAACACCCACUCAGUCCAGCUGACGUCUGCACCUCCUGACCAAGAAAGCAUCAUCCCACACACUGAGGUGCCAGAAAGUGCUGUUUUGGUUAUCUGUACCCACAACGAAACACACAAAACAUACCCUAACUGCUUAUCGAUCAACACACAAGCCCCAACACCAAAACUCCUGGGGAACCUGAUCGAGAAGGGAGUGGCUCGGAAACUCUACCUAACCAUCACUUUAGAAAAGGAAAUGAGACUCGAAGCCCUUGUGGACACAGGGUCAGACCUCACGUUGAUUUCGGCUCAACUAUUUGAUAAGCUCAAAUUUGAAGCUCAGAGACAGAAUCGAACUCUAAAUUUUCACACUUGCAAGCUGAAUGUGCAGUCAUACAGCCAAAAUGACAUCCAGCUCAGAAAUGUAGCUCCCAUCCACCUGACGAUCGGACCUAUGAGCCUAGUACAUCCUAUUUAUGUCUCACCAAUGAACAAUUAUUCAUUUCUCAUCGGGAAAGACCUGCUUGAUCGCUUUGAGCCUUUACUAGAUUUCAAACAGCUGAAAGUCUGGGCUCAAGUGCGAGAACCUCUUCCCCUCCAACCACACAGGUCGCCGGUGCCAGACGGUCAGGUCACAGAGGUCACGGGAACCCCAGCAGCCAGCCAUAGGUAUCCAGCCUCAACAACAAACCAAGGCUCAAGUUCGAUCCUCUGUACCUUCAAGGCCACUAAAGACUCUGAUACCUACUGCCCCAAGGUCAAAACCGAACUGCAGCUGCAUGAUAUAACAACAACGGACAGUAUUCUGGCCAUAUGGGCAGACAACUCAGCCAUUAGUCUGUCACUGUACAAUGCAAUCACUGAGAAGACACCUGACCUCCCUUAUGCCAGCAAGCGCACUCGUUUCCCUUUGAACUCACACCCAUCCUCAAUGGUUUCUGCUAGAGGAAUCUGCGCUUUGCAUGUGAAAUGGAAUUAUCGGUGCCUGACUCAUUAUUUCCUGGUCCUUCCGGACCUGCCACACGAUGUUUACAUUGGAGCAGACCUCUUGAUUCGCCUCAAGGCUCAUGUGGACACUUU